CUACGUUGCUUCGUUUCCAUUGCUCUGUUCCCGUUCCAAUUUCCGCUUCCUGGUUCCCGUUGUCCUUCAUCAGCCAGCAGUAGCCACGCCGCCGAGCAAUUCUCCAUUGGUCGCUGCCAUCGUCGAACGCCGUCGGCGACCUUCCUACUCUAUCGCACGGUGGGCUCGGCCGAACCAUGGCAGCGGCGAUCUCCCCUCUCUGAUUUAAGCUUUCUUCAUUAACCGAGAUUGCAGGAUUGAUUGGGGGCUAUUUUCCGGUGGUUGGCCGGCGGGUGGCCGGUGGUGACUAUGACCGUGGUGCUGGACAGAUUUGACGGGUCCAAUUUUGACCCAAUUGGUUCAAUUGGGUCCAAUUGGGUUUGUUCUUGUGCAAUUGGGUCUAAUUGGGUUGGAAUUGGGUUGUUGCACGACUCGUUUGGGCAAACGGUGUGUUUGGGCCGGUUGGCGGGGAUGCCCGGACCGGCUGUUCGGGCCGGUUGGUGGGGCUGCCCGGGCCGGUUGACCGAGCUAUUUGGGCCGGCAGUAAGGGGCUACCCAAUUGGGGCAGCGGGUCAGGUUGCUGGGUCGGUCCGGUGGGUUGUCGCGCUGAUCCGGUGUAAAUUGAUACUGUUUCGACGGGUGCAGCAAACCUAAGGAUAAGUCCUUAGUCCCGAGUUCGCGACACAGGUAAUAACAAGCUGAUCCAGGAGAGCACGGAGAUGGAGGAGAUGUACGGAUGCAGGACUCAAACCGUUAACAAAUAUGGUGGUUGUAAUGUAACUCGUUUUCUGAUAAUGAUUUAUUAAAGAUGUUUAUUUAAAAUAACAGUUUUGCUUCCGCGCUGUUUUGAAUUAACUCCGAUAAACGUUCAAGUUUUAAUUGAAAUGUUGGAUGAUUAAUUAAAUGUUUUUAAUUUAU